AUGGCACGACAUCGCAAGAUUGUCUGCUCCAACUGCCGCAGACGCAAAAGUAAAUGCGACGGAGGCUCACCGAGUUGCACAGCAUGUGUCUCGGCUGGCUCAACCUGCCAGUACGAAAAAGGACCAUCAAUCGCAUACGUGCGUGCCCUACAAGCUCGGAUCCACGAGCUCGAAAAUUCUCGAAGCAACACAGAGAAUUUGCCUCUAUCACCAUCUCCAUAUACUGAUUCUGUCGCCAGUCCUCAAAAUGGGAACUCGAUCAGUCUGGAUGAGCGCGGAGACGUAAGCUAUCACAAUCAGACAUCGGCUAUCCAUGAGGCUUUACCGGCGGCUCCAUCCCAACCACUUCUUACUGAGACAUCGUUAUGUACAUCGAGGACGACGGUCGAGCAAAGUAAUAGGGAUGCUCGACGCUCACUUGUCGCCAAUGCGAUUAAACAGAAAGCGCUAGAGCCGCUGAAUUUGGAUUCAGUUCCCCCUCAAGUCGAUGUUCCCAAGGGGCUGGCCAGUGUCUUGCUCCAACUGCAUUGGUGCUGGCUGCAUCCAAGUUUUCUGUUCGUGUACCGCCCGGCAUUUACAAGGGAAAUGCCACUAUUUGCUCGCGGUGAUCGCGCUGUUGCCUAUUGCUCAGCAACAUUGCUCAAAGUUCUCUACGCACACAGCUGUCGCUUCAUCCGUGCCCCUGAAAUUGUCUGGAGUACUAUUCAAGCCCUGCUUCAGCAAUCUGCGCGUGACAUUGCAUGCGGCCGCUCUUCUUCUGCAUGGCUCUAUUCUGGAAUGGCUUUCCGCAUGGCAAUUGAUAUUGGUCUGCAUGUUUCACCGGAUAAGUUACGCCAGUACUCUACCUCGCUCUCCACAGAGGAUAUCGAGAUCCGAAAACGGCUGUUCUGGAGCUUGUUCGCCUGGGACAAACACAUUAGCUUGUACCUAGGACGGAUGCCGAAUUUUGUCACUGGCAUUGACCAUGUAUCUUUGGAGUUUCUGGAUGACUUCACAGACAGAGAUCUCUGGGCACCUUUCUAUGGGCCUGACCCUGUGGCGGCUGAACUCCCAGUGUACCCACCGACUCCUGGAUAUGUGAUAUCAUGCUUUACGGAGUUGUGCAAGCUCUGCAAGAUCCUGACCCAGGUUAUGUUGGAGCUCUAUAGCUCGCAACAUCGUAGCAAAUCCAUAUUGUCAGACUCACGGCAAAGUUCUUUCGUCAGAAUAAAUACGGAACUACGGGCAUGGUGGUCAGAUCUGCCGCUAUUUCUUCGUAUUGCCCCUGACAACAUUCCUGACCUCAGUCCACCCCCGCAUAUCACCUCACUUAACUUGAUGUACCAUAACACCAUGAUACUUCUCCACAGACCCCACGUCUCCAGCAGACAAAGUUCGCCCUCUAGCAGAGCGCAACAGAGCUGGAAGAUAUGCCGAGGUUCAACAACCGCCAUCUACGAUUUGCUGAACAUGUACGUGGCCACGUUUGGAUUCCAUCACAUCACCUACAUGAACAGCUACUGCACGUACACUGCUGCAACGACGGCCGUAUACCAGCUGGAGACUGCAGAAGAUGGAGUGCUGCGCAGCCAGUCUCUCGAAUCGACUUGGGCGGAACUGAAAUUUUUGCUGGAUAUUCUUCAGCGCACUGCAGUGACUAUGCCGGGUCUAAACAGAAGUAUUGAUAUUAUCCAUACGAGGAUCAAGAAGAUUCUAGAUCGACAGGUUUCCAGACAGCUUGAGUCUCUGUUCCCGACAAGGCCUUCUGUUGAGGGUCGCAGACAGGAACAAGCACUGCAAUCGCAACCGGUUGGAAUCACAACUAGGCUUGAAGAAAGAGUCCCUUUUGUUGGCUUUUCUGACGAUUUGCUGGUGAAUUAUACCCACAAUGCGAGUCGCAAUGAGGAGGUUGCGGCGUCUACCGGGAAUAUCCUGGAACAGUUGGACAUGUGGCUCCCAGCUUUUCCUGGCCAGGACUUUUCUUAUGGGUCGGGUCCUAUGCUCGAUGCCCAGGAUAUUCUAAGUCCCGAGGCACGAUCUACUUUGAUGGGCUCGAGCUUGGAUCCUCAUAUCCGACUUGACCUUGAUUUAGAGAAUGCCUGA